CGCGUAUGCCUGCAGACCGUCGGUGUUGUCUUUGUGACGGACGACGCGGAGAUGUAUGUGCGGACAAGACAGCCUCGAAACGCAUGAAACGAGUGCAUUUGAGGAGUCAAAGAGGCAGGGAGCCAUGCAGAGUCCAACCCGGUCCACCAGCGGACCAAACCCUGUGACCACCGCCUCCACAAAGCAACCACUGGACACCCAGACUGGAACUCAGCCAGCACCGAGUGAACCCGAUGCAAAGGAAGAGAAGAACAAAUCAGCUGCUCCUGCUGGGACUGGACCAGUUGUCAAGCCACAGGGAAAUGGGAAAGGGGUGCAAACAGCUGAAGCACCAAGUAUGGCAGUCACUCGUAAAGAGGUGAAUGAGCUGCAGACAAAGCCCUCGGUUAACACUGCAGGGAUGGAGCCGGACUCUGCUUCAAAGCGAAGUGUCCCCACAGGACAGACGCCGGACGGAAAUGCAAAUCCUAGGAUGCAUGGGCCAAAGGCAAAGAAACCGAAUAAAGUUGCACGUGAGGGUCGGAAAUACGUUCCUUCCAAGAAGGCCAUGAUAGAUCCACUAAAGAUGGACAUGUCCAAACCACUGGUUACGUCUCUCACAUCAUCUCAGCUCUCCCUGCAGUGCAUCCAGUGCCACAUCAUCUUCAGUGAUGACAAGAGCAAAGUGCGUCACCUGAAGUUGAGCCACCCAGCAGAAUAUGAACAGUGCGUACUGGCGAACGCCCUUUUCGCUUGUUAUGUUUGUGACAGCCAGUUCCCAAACUCCACAGAGCUCAUGAUCCACCAGAAAGCCCACACGGACAAGGAACCCUUCAAGUGUCCAAUCUGUAACAAUGCCUUCAAAAACUCAACAGAGCUCACCCGUCAUAAAAAACAUCAUCUGGAACAGGGCAGUUAUGACUGCAUUGAAUGUGGCAAAAGUUGCAAAUCGAUUACUUUGCUGAAGUAUCACCGCCGCAGCCACAGUGGAGAGAUGCCGUAUGUUUGCAAGGAGUGUGGAAAGAGGUUCUCCAUGUCCAAACCUCUACGGAAACAUAUGCUCUCACACUUGCCAGAGGGAGCUGAAGGAGAUGCGGUCCGCCCUAAAGCAAAGCCAAGGCUGAAGAAAGUUGAUGGUGCUUCUACAAUAAAGUAUCCUUGUUUGUUAUGCAAGGGUACUUUCAAGUCUACCAGGACACGACAACAGCACAUGAAAACUCAGCACAAAGAGUUGCCUGCUGCUGCCAGUAAGGCCCUCUACGCUGGGCAGCAAAUGAACCAAAAUAUACCCAUCAUAUCUCCAAUAUCUAUCUACCAACCUUCAAUGCUACAAGUGGGGCCCAAUGGACCUCUUCAAAAAGUUGAUGCCAAUAUUGACACAGAGCCGAUACGGAGACUUAUAGAAUCCUUGGGAAAUGUGCAGAAAGUAAAUCAAGUUGUCAUUUUGGGACAGGUGCCACCUAAUGCCCCACCACUGGAAGUACAACAGAUGCCACAAAUGCAUGCGAAUCCCCACCCACCACAAAUAGAUUGUAUUUCAAUCAACCCAUUUAAUUCAAUGGAGCAAACAUUUAUACUGGAACCUAUUACGCCAGAUGGGCAGAUGGAAAACCCAUCUUUCUCAGAACUUGGUUCCUACAUGGCAGUCGGUGAGAAUAUAGAGCUAACACUCGUUCAGACUGAAGAUACAGAGAGACCUGGGGGAGAGGUGAUUCAGCAGCCCGAUAUUGGUGCAAUUCAGUCUGAUCCUGUGGAUCAGAUUAUUUAUCAGAAUGAGGUAGAGCAAGACCUUGAGCAAACAAUCAUAUUAGAACUUGUACCAACUGUGGAGCUGGAACAAUCCCAGACCGUGCCAUAUGGUGAAAUCCUGUCAUCCUGUCUGGUGCCAACCACGGACCUGGAGAAUACUGCAGAUCAGACUGUAUCGGCUGAGCAGGAGAGCAACAUGCCAGCUCCACUGCUUAUGACUACAUUUGAGCUGGAGCUGACACCUUUACAAACGGAGCAACAUGGCCUUCCUUCUUGCCCUUUAGUUCCACCAGACGUGCUCUCAAAAACUACAAGUGAAUCUGAAACUAAUCUCAAAGAAGAGGUUGCUUCGCAGAUGAAAACGGUGAAUCUAGAUCAGGGUCAGCCUGCGGUGGAUGGAGAUGCACCACAAGAACGAGAAGAAAAAGCUGAACAAGAACCAUCUGAGAAACUGCUGGUAGAUAACAAUGAGAGUCUGGACCAUGUGGAGAACAAGUCUGAAGUAGAGCAUCCACCUGCUAAAGAAGAUGUUUCAUCACACUUACAUACCAAGCAGGUGCUAAAGAGGUCAGAGUUGCCAGUAAAUGUAAUGUCAGCUCAAGAACUGGUUAAAGUGCGGAAAAGAAAGCCAACAAAGGCGUUUAUCUUUCAAGGAGAUUAUAUGCAAGAACUGGUUGGAUCCAUAAACAAGGAUGAUUUACAAACUGAUGCCAUACCUGCAAAACGGCAGAGAACAAAAAAGUCUCGCCUUGUUAAAUUUGGUCCACAAUGUAAAGAAAAGAAAAACAAGAAACAGAAGAAGCCAUCACAGCAGCAGCAGCCAAUGCAGGAAGGAGUAAGAGGUAAAACAUCAACACAAAAUCCCUCGGUGAAAAAAGUAUCACAGAAGAAGGAAAGAAAGAGGGAAAGGGACAAGAAAGUGGUAAAUGUGCCAUAUACUUCUGAAAUACAACUCCCAACAACUCAGGACCCUCAAGUGCAACAAAUCAAAGGGGAUAAAAGAAAAAUUAAAAAGAAAAAGCAAAAAGAAGCGGCCAGGGAGGAGGUUGCGCUCAUUAGUGAGCACACCACUGAAGCCGUGCCUGUAUUGGAAAAACCAACACAAAUUCUGCAAAAAGAUCAGCCCAAGAAAGGAAAGUAUGGGAAGCGAAAGAAAAACAUGGCAAAACAGGACAAAGUAAAAACAAAAACUAGCACCGCUUCAGCAGACAUCCCUGCACCACAGAUAACCCAAGAAACUCUGCUUCUACUUAAAGGUCAUAAACAGCCUCAACUGAAAGUUUACAAGUUGGACCCUUCAAAGGCAUCAGGCCAGACACAGGAGGCUUCACAUCAUGACGCCCAAACCGUGACCCAAGAGAGUAAAGGCAACGCACACAAACAAUCACCAAGUGAGUCGCCAAACAAUCUUACAGCAGAAGGUAAGAAAAAAGGAGGAAGACCCAAAAAGAACCACAAAGUUCUUUCGUUGUUGUCCUCAUUACAGGUUUCCCGUCAAACACCUGAGACGCUGCCCACCAAACCAAAGAUCGCCAGGAAGCGUAAAGCCUCCUCAAAUGUAGAGACGGAAGGAGUAAUAACUUCUCAUUCCAAGCGGGCCUUGGAGUGUAAGGAGUGUGGGCAAAGAUUUAGCGACGUCUCGUCACUUCAGAAGCACAAGGCGGUUCACAUCGUGGAGAGUCCCAGUCUCACUUACACCAACGGCAAUGUCUUUGAAGGCGUCGCCGGGUUGGAUGUUUACCAGCAUCCAAAACGGCACGAUACGGCUGUUGGAGUGAUGAAUGCCGCUUCAGACUGGGACACUGAGCCUGAGCUUGCGGAGAUGGCAUUAGAGGGGAGAGAGCGAAGUCACUCCUUUCCUGCUUUGAUUCCAUCCCCAUCUUUACCUGUUCCUUCUUCAGAUGUUGACGUGAUUGCGUAUGAAAAUAAGGCUGCAGGUAAAAAGGAAUCAGAUUAUCAAUCUCAUACCUCCGCUGAAGUUCACUCAGCAUCUGAUCAAAGGAAAAACAGUGAGACUCCUCUGAAUUUCACAUCCAAACCCCCUUUAAGUACCUCUUCUCAGACAAAGGGUUCGGAAACAGGAGAGCCUUUGGCGUCGGAUGCGGACAAGCAAGAAGAAGUUGCUCCAAGGAUUCCCAGCUCACAAUCACAGUUUGAGUUUCCCACGGAUGAAGACAUUAAGGAGGAUUUACUUCUCGAGGUCGAUUUAGUCACUGUUGGGGAGCAGACCGAGAGAGAUGAACCAACCGCUCAUGAAGAUAUUGCUCCUCAAAAUAAAUCAAGUGGAACUUGCCGACCUCAGGGUGAAAGUGCUGACGAACUUCCUGGGCACGUUAGUAAUGAAACAACUACUGGAAACAGAUUAACUUUGCAUACUGUGUCAUGCUCCACUCAUCAUGUGGAGAUUAAAGAAGAGGAGGAAGAACUGUUGGUCCAGAAGAAAAAUGCAGGGAAAGGCGCUGUUUCGAUGAAUGCCUCAAGUCGUAGGAGACGAGGAACGGGGUGUCUAAAACGAGAAGUGAUAUCUAAGAGAGUUUCAGUUGGAGAUGCCAUCAGAGGAUCGGAAUCCGUGACGGAUCAGGAUGAAUGUCAGAUAGUUUACGAAGAAUGUCCCAUCAGCUCAGAUUCAGAAAUGAGUGAUGAAGGCGAGGCUAACACAAAGAUUUCGCAGCCAGAGACCAGGGCUGAGGGCAACCAUGCUACUGCUCCAACUGCAUCUUUGCCUGCACAGAAAGUUGUGCUGGAGUCCGUUCCCACGAGUGUUGAGGAGGUAAUGCGUCUCAGAGGACUGCAGGGAGAAGAGGAACAUAACGAGUCUGACCUGUCUCCAGGCAUCAUAUUUGAGAAGUUCCUUCCCUCUAGACAGACAGCCACUGCUGACGAGGAGCCGUGCCCGAUGACGAAGAGGAACAAUCCGAGACAGGGUUUGGACGGCAUUGCUGACCGUGAGGUCCAUGGGAGCCAGAUGAUCAAAGUCGAAGAGAGCGUCUCAGAUCCGUCACUGGUUGCACCCACCUGUCAAAACGGAGAGAGUGCACGUGUGCAGCCACAGCACCAUCCUGAAAGAAGGACGGUUUUGGUGAAGGAGGAGAGCCGUCUCGUGCUGCAUGAGGCCCAGGCCGCGCCAGGCAAGAGACGCAUCCGAUGGAAUGUGGAGUCGGUCAACAUUGAAAACUCCUCCAGUCCAUUAACGGAGAGUGGAGUGACGACGAGGGACGAGGGCUGCAUCACUCCAGUGUUCAACGCCAACCAGUGUAUCUUCUACCCAGUGAAGACAGAGGAGAGGGAGGUUCUACUUGGAGCUGUUCAGACCAGCAGUGGUAAUUUAACAACAGGAGCAUCCAGUGAUGCCCCGCAGAGGGAACAUCAAGAAACAGAUAAUUUAAAUAAAGGGAGCCAUUCUGUACCAGACUACCAGGAAAGAGAGAAAGGACUACUAUCAGAACCAGAGUCCUGUGACUUAGCAGAUGAGCAAGCUGUGGCAGACACUGAGGAGCAGAAUCCACCCGACCUCCGGGACUUUCUCCUCCAAAGUUCUGAUGAAGAGGACAUGGGUGGUUUCGAAUUGUCUGAUCCUCAGCUUGACUCAGAAGCAGAAGUAAUGGCCUAUUUCUCCAAGAACCAAACCAACUGCGCAAAACAGCCAGAGGAGCCGUCACAAAAUUCGCCCACUUCAACGAGCCAGUUCCAAUCACUUGGAGAGGAAAUCCGGACCAGAGAGCCUAUCGACUACUUCUCCAGUUAUUUUGGUUGGGAUACCUGGGUAGAAAUUGCCAAUUGCACAAAUAUACUGUCCAACAUGACCGAGCGUGUCACAGCCAAAGAGGUCGCACAGUUUGUUGGCAUCCACAUAGCAAUGGGAACUUUAAAGUUUCCGAGUCCAAGGCUCUACUGGGAGGACUUGACUAAGGUGCCCUUGAUCGCCGAGGCCGUGCCACUUCCCCGUUUCCUCGAGUUGUCUCGCAUGUUGAAACUCGCCUCUCCUGCAAAUGAUCCAGUCAACAGUAAUGUUCAGGAGGGAAGACAUGAUUGUGACUUUCAAAAUGCACUGCAAGGUAAAACUCUCUCAAGCAGCCCAAGUAAAAUGUGCCAGCGUAGUGAUGAGGAGAGACAAAGGGACGCGUCAAAUGACCAGAACAGUUCGAAAACACAGACUGAUCCACUGUGGAAGGCUCGGCCGUUAUUGUGCCGUUUCAAAGCAGGAUGCCAGUCGCUGAGAAGAGAGGGUGAUUAUGCAGUUGACCAAUAUCCACUUCCUUUGCCUGGGAAGAUGCACAGUAAGAAACUGUCUCUUUCCUGUACAACAAUAAUUGGAUUUGGUGGUUUGGUCUUACAUGUGGAUCUGAAGUUGGGUCUUUCCGGCAAAGAAGAUGCUGUCGAAAACAUGGUCCCCAAAGGUAGUAUGGUGUUUCUAUGCAAACAGGAACUCUCCACCCCUGUUAUGCUGGAGCGUCUGUUAGUUGCAGGGGUUCAUGGGGCAGGAAGGGUUGGCGGAGCCAGAGGACAGAUUGGAGAUGAGUUUGUCAGCUCCGACGGGAAGCUGAUGUUGCGCAGAUCGCACUGGGGCUUCAUACUUUCUACCGUAGGAAAUGGCCAGAGGAACAUGGCUUCACUCAUUGAAAACUUUGAGAAGGCCCAGAUGUCGGCUCAUCUUAACAGAGAUUUGCAGAAUCUUUACUCCAUCCCUCUCACUGCCUCAGCCCCAACCUGCUGGCCUCAAGCGGUGCUCUGGUACCUCACUGAUCUAGCUUUGGUCAACUCCUGGCUCCUAUACAGAGAGAACCACAGGGCAGUAUCCGCACCUUUAACUUUGAUGUCCUUUAGAUUGGAGGUGUCUAAGGCCUUGAUCCUCUGUAGCGGCUCUGACGCCCAGGACUCAGUUCCCCCUCAACCCCCCAAAAAGUGGGAUCCCGCAACAAAGGAAACCCCCAAUCCCAGCCUGGUGGAGGAGAGUCCUUUACCAGAUGCAGCCACACGGUACGAUGGUUCAGGCCACUGGCCAGAGCAGCUUGGAGAGGGAGAAGGGGGUAGGUGUCGCUUUGGGGGCUGUCAAAGAACAUCUCGCGUGCUAUGCCUUAAGUGCUGUGUCUUUCUUUGCAUCUCACGCAACCACAACUGCUUUUUAAAUUUCCAUAAUCAAGAGAGUUUGGACAAGGUUUAGUGUCCACUAUAGAAUUUACCCUUUAUUUUUUUUAAAUGUUUCUCUGAGUUGGAAUGUAAUUGUCCUUUUAAUGUGUAUGGAAACCCCACAUACGGUCUUAUGUCUGUCUCCUUGUAACUUUUACAUGAUGCCUUUUCACUGGCAGUGACAUACUUGUAAAGGAUCAUUUGUACAGCAGUUUAAAAGCAAAUGCUUUGUGAUGUGGUUUAUUAUGUCAUUGAGAAAAUGUAAAUUGAUCUUGCCUUCAGAAUGAAAUGUAAAAAAACCCAUAAACACGGCCAUACAACUCAUAUGUUGUGCUGCAGAAGAUGAUUUUAACAUUUCAAUUACCAUGAUUUUUUUAUAGUAUUUAUUUUAACCUGACUGAAUUUAAAUUCCAUCAUUAGAUUGCUUUUAAAACUUUGAAUCUAAUUUAUUUGAAUUUCUGACAACAAUAAAAAAGAUGGAAAAAAUA